UAGCUGUAACAGCCGGGGUGGAACAGAACAGAAGGGAGGGAUUAAUGUGGCCGUUGUAGAAGGAAAGAAGACAGAAAUAAACAGAACACACCGCUUAUUUUGAACGAGAAAUGUAAGAUACGAGUUAGCGAAGGAGACCGGUUUCACGGGCGCUGUCUCCUCCUUGUCGGGCGAAAUGCUGUGUGUGAGGAGAGGAGAGCAGGGAGCCGAGGCGAUGGAAACUUUGUGGUCUUUCUAGGAAGGACGCUGUGCAGGACUGAGGGACGCAGGAGUACAAUAAACACAUCUGAGACGUAGUGACGAGCGGUUUGAAUGGCAGUGGAGACGGCUCUCCUGGCCGCCAGGCAAGGGGAUGUACAGACUCUCAAGGCGCUCUUCGCCGAGAAGCUGUUACAUGCGGGUGUCAAAGACGCGCUGGGCGCCUCUGCCGUCCACCACGCCGCCCGGGCAGGUAAGCUCACCUGCCUGCGGUACCUGGUGGACGAAGCGGGGCUCCCGGGGAACGGCCUCGCCAGGAACUGCGCGACCCCUGCCCACGAUGCCGCCGCCACGGGCAACCUGACCUGCCUGCAGUGGCUCAUCACGCAAGGAGGCUGUCGGGCAGACGAUCGUGACAGCUCUGGGGCCACUAUCCUGCACUUGGCAGCUCGAUUUGGCCACCAUGAGAUCACAGACUGGCUUCUUAAGAGCGGGGAAGGAGACCCUACUGUGGCCACGGACACAGGGGCCCUGCCCGUCCACUAUGCAGCGGCCAAAGGCGAUCUCCCCUCACUCCGACUGCUUCUGGGGGACAGCCCAAGUGUAGUCAAUGCCCAAACGAAGAAUGGUGCCACGCCCCUUUACCUGGCUUGUCAGGAGGGUCACCUGGAUGUUGUCCAAUACCUGGUGAAGGACUGCGGUGCAGACCCUCGCAUUAGGGCCAAUGAUGGGAUGACAGCUCUGCAUGCCGCUGCCCAGAUGGGACACAGUACUGUCAUAGCCUGGCUGAUGAGCUUCACAGACAUCAGCCUGAUGGACCGGGACAGCGAUGGGGCCACUGCCAUGCACUUUGCUGCCAGCCGCGGUCACACCAAGGUCCUGAGCUGGCUGCUGCUCCACGGAGGGGAGAUCACCUGCGACAACUGGGGCGGGACCCCCCUGCACGACGCAGCGGAGAAUGGGGAGCUGGAGUGUUGCCAGAUUCUGGUGGUCAAUGGAGUGGACCUGGGUAUCGGAGACCACGAUGGCUACUCGGCAGCAGACCUUGCUGACUACAAUGGACACAGCCAGUGUGCCAAGUACCUGCGUACAGUGGAAAACAUGAGUGUGGAGCACCGUGUCCUGUCCCGGGACCCCUCGGCUGACCUAGAGUACAAGCAGCCCGACUCCGGCCAUUCUUCCCCCAACACCACCAGGUCCUCCCACGUCCAGCCAGCCCGGUCUGGCAUGGGCUCGCCUUCCAGCACCCUGUCCAACUACGACUCCUGUACCUCCAGUCAGUCCAGCACGGGGGAGAAGAGGAGCGUGGUCACUGCAGGGCCUUCGGGAACGGCCAUCUCAGACAUGCAGACCUACAUGGACAUGCUGAAUCCAGAUACGGGAGCCGGGACCCAGAAGAAAGAGGUGUUGAUCGCAGCCCCCCCUCCUCCUCCUCCGGAUUUCCCUCCCCCUCCCCCUCCCCCUGACUCCUCCAGCGUGCCCCCUCCCCCACCCAGCUACCCUGCGCCCAGCCCCCCUGACGACUCGUCCUCUGCCGAGAUCUACCUGAAAGUGAAGAGCAACCUGCGGCAUGUGGAGAAAGAGCAGACUGCUGGAGAGGGCACACCAGAAAGACUCCGCCGCGUCGACUCCAACAGGAAAUCCCGGAACUUCAACAAGCAGCCCAGCACUGGGGAUUACUACAAGGCCCUGGGAAAAGACACAGCCACGCGACGUGGGAGCAAAACCAUGGCACCCAGCGAGGAGGGCUCUCUGUUGUUGGAGGAGCCAGCGGACAAUGGCCCCAGUCCUGAGAAUGGAGCUGGGGAAGAGCUGCCUCUGCCGCCCCCUCCUCCCCCCCUCCCUGAGAGCCAGCCCACCCCUCCCCCUCCCCCGCCGCUGCCCUCUGACAACACACCUCAGUACGCCAGCCAGCGCCGGCCCUCCUCUUCUUCAGGAACGAACACACUCAGACAAAUGAAAAGUACAAAGUCAUUCAACAUGAUGUCCCCAACUGGUGACAAUUCAGAACUGCUGGCAGAAAUCAAAGCAGGGAAGAGUCUGAAGCCAACGCCACACAGCAGAGGAUUUACAACAGUCUUUUCCAACAGCGGGCACCAAGGGCAAAAUGCAGAGACCCCUACAUCUCCGCCCCCGGCUCCCAACUCUCCACCCACCUCCUCCCCCAGUCCCACAGAGCCACCCACACCCUCCACAUCUGCCCCAGGCAGUACCCUGGCCCCCAGGGCUGCAGCUACGAGCUCGGAGCAGCUCUUCCCCAUGGUGAACGGCAACGCAGAGCCCAAGCUGGGCCGCCAGGGGAGCCUGGUGGACGUGGAGACGCUGGUGCCCACCCUCGACGAGCAGGGCAGGCCCAUCCCCGAGUGGAAGAGACAGGUGAUGGUGCGCAAGAUGCAGAUGAAGAUGCAAGAGGAGGAGGAACUGAAACGGAAGACUGAGGAGGAGGAGGCCCGCUUGGCUGCCAUGCCUGCCUGGAGGAGGGAGAUCAUGAAGAAAAAGAUGGAUGAGGAGAAGUCACACAGGGAGCAAAAACGAAAAGAGGAAGAAAGGAUGAAAAAGGAGAAGGAAGACGAGGAGAAGAGCGAGCUGGAAAAGCUAAGGACCCUCGGCUACGACGAGACCAAGCUGGCGCCAUGGCAACGGCAGAUCAUCUUAAAGAAAGGAGACAUUGCAAAACAGUAAAGGCCUGCCUCUACUCUGACACUGCAAACCUCCCCCCCUGUCUUCACCAAACCUCCCUGUCUCCUGCUCUGAGGGGAGAACCCUCUUUUUGCCCCCUGGCCAGGGUCUGUUAGCUUGUGAACCUGGACUCUGAGAGUCUGUGGAGGGUAUACAUGCCUUGUGCUAGUGAGCACAGAUGCACAGUACAAGACAGAAAUGGUCAUAGGCCCAGCAUUGGAUUAGCAGCCUCCAUAUUGUGCACCAACGUUGUACUCUACAGUCUCUUACAUUGUUUAAUAAGAAUCAUAGGAAGGCUCUACAGUGAGUACUUGCCUUUAGGUAGCAUCCUGCUUCAAGACCUUUUUAGAAAAAACUCUUCCUGUUAAUCAAAGUACCGGCAUGUUUACCGACGUGUAGGUUUUCCAUUAUAACCAGUUUCCAAGAAAUGGAAAUGCAAAUAAUAAUUUUCAACCACUCCUCUGUGUUGUACGAAUUGAAGCAUUUUAUCAAGAGAAGCAAAUCUUUUAAAAAAAACUGCUGCGUAAGAAGCAAGCACUAUCCUGCGGGUAAACGACUUGAUUGGGUAGAGGCUAACGUGAGAGCAUCUGUGCAGGUAUAGGGCCUGGCUCCUGUCUUCCUAUUUUGAGAAAUACAGUGAUGACCAUAUUAUAUGCACCCCAUCCUUUCUGAAUUUUAAGCUCUUACGGUGAAACCCAGAUGUGCAUGCAGUUUUAACAAUUUAAAGAACUUUUGUAUAAGAAACAAUGGUGUAUGACAUGUUGUUCCUUACAGUACAGUGCCAGUAUUAUAGGGAGCAACACAACAGAAAAGACAGUUUGCAGUCUAGAAUCCUUGCUUUUCCACAGGGAAAAUGCAAUGGUACAGCACUUGGCUGUACUGCCAAAUUAACUGUAUCAUGAAGUGCAGUGAAGGUAUCUCCUGAUGAAAACUUAUACCCCUUAAACUUGGCUAUUGACCAACAGUUAAGAAACAUCAUAUCAGUGUGCAAAUCAGUCGUCUUUUAAAGCCACAAGAAUUGCUGUCCUGUGUAGCAGCUCCGUUUCCAGAGGAUGAGAAAGCUGGCUGACCCCUCAGCAGUUAAAGAGGUACUGAGUAAAAAGGUGAAAUUGUUAAUUCUUUAUACUAUAUGCAGUUUGAACAGCAAAAAGAAACUGGAGCUUUUAAGACCAAUAGUAAAAAAAUAGCAGGCAUAAUUUAAAUAUCUCUGCAUAAAAUAUUGUGUAUUGUAUGGAUUGAUAAAAAAUUGAAUUAUGUUUUACUUAAAACUCAAAUGCAACAUUCUAGUUUAUUAUCUUUAUAAUCACACAAAGCAAAGCACAAAGCAAGAACACAAAGCAAAAUGAAGGUGUAAUUUCUAAGUUAAUGACAAAUUGGCCCCAACCUUAUUGAAUGACAGCAGAAGGCUUUAUAUUAAUUAAAACCUCUUUCUUAGAUAACAGACUAUAUAAUCUAACAUAUAUCGCAUACAGUACGGUUGAGCAAAU